GGAGCUGAUUGGCGGAUCCUGGCUGUGUGCCCUGCCCGGGUUUUCCGGAAUUUGGGGAAAACUGCAGGGGGAAUAAUAUGGCUUUUUCGAGUCAGCCCUUGCGGGAACUGCAGGGACCUCUGCUCCCACCCAAGGACUUGUUGGCGGAGGACGAUGACUGUCUGAAGGAGGACGUGGAGGAGGAUGAAGACCUGGAGUUUGUGGAUGCCGAGGAGCUCUGCAGUGGGGGCGUCAAGGCUGGUACCCUCCCCGGGCGCCUCCACGUUGUAAUUUGUGAUGAAAACACUCAAGAGAAAUGUGACGUGUUUGGACGUUUUCCAGUAACGGGUCCUUGGUGGCGAGUGAAAGUGCACGUGAAACCUGUGGGAUCAAGGAGCUAUCAAGUUCAAGGAUUUCCAUCUUACUUUUUACAGUGUGAUAUGUCACCGCCAAAUCAAGAACAUAUCUGUUCCCUGUUUCUUAAAGACUGCAAUUUCUCCAGUGAUUAUAUAAAUAAAUUUUUAGCAUGGGUAAGUGCUGUAUCAAGCUAUAAAAACCUCAACUUUGGAAAUAUUAGGGAAACAUUAAGAAUGUUCCAAAAGGAAACUGGAAAGAAGGGUCAAAAACAGUCUACACAGAAUGAAGAGGAAGAGUCUCUACUGGAAAAUGAGAUGUGCCUCCCUGUGGAAAACACGAUUCCAUUUAUAAAUGUAAUGACAGCUUUGCAGUUUCCAAAAGUAAUGGAAUUCCUUCCAGUUCUUCUGCCUCGACACUUUAAACGGCUCAUAAGCUCGGGUUCUACGAAGGUGUUGGAAGACAUAGAAGAGAUGUUAGGUACGCAUCCAUGGAAACUUGGAUUUAGUAAAAUAACCUACACAGAACUGAAGCUUUUGCAGUGCGAGGCAAGUUGGACAUCAUUUUGUCAGUGCAAGUCUCUUCUCCGGUUGAUGAGUGAUUUGGAGAAGAAUGCAUUAAUAAUAUAUUCAAAACUGAGGCACAUAUGUCGAGACCAAGGGCACACAUGCAUUGAAGAAGCUGACUUAACUUCUAAGUUGUCAGACCAGAUGUCCUUCCAAGAGGCUUGGCAGUCUCUGAAGUUUUUGAAGGACAUUGGUGUGGUGACAUACGAGAAGGGCUGUGUCUUCCUUUAUGACCUCUACCAGGCUGAGCGAGGCAUUGCCUCUUCCAUAUGUGACCUGAUGACGAGGCCUCCGUGGCAUUUACGGGUGGAUGUCAAGAGGGUGCUGGCAUUAAUUCAUACCACGAACCCUGAGAAUUCAAGAAGCAACGAGACGCUGAACGAAAGCCAACCGGACGAAUCAAGUUUAGAAAACUCUGUGGAUGUUCUGGACCCCCAGGACAGUGGUGACCACAUUUGGGAAAACGGUGAAAAUGAUGUGAACGCAGAAAUAAAUGAAGCUCAGCUGGACCAGGGUCAAGUGGCUGCUUUGGAAAUGGUUUGCUCCAAUGCCGUGACGGUCAUCAGUGGGAAAGGCGGCUGUGGGAAGACCACCAUCGUUAGCCAGCUUUUUAAGCAUAUGGAGCAGUUGGAAGAAAGAGAGGUAAAAAAAGCCUGUGAGGAUUUUGAACAGGACCAGGAUGUCCCAGAAGAAUGGAUCACCUUUACCAAGCAAAGUCUUCCGAAGGCCGACAAAGCGCUAGAGGUGUUACUCACUGCCCCGACUGGGAAAGCAGCCGGCUUACUGCGGGAGAAAACUGGUUUUAAUGCUUACACACUGUGUCAGGUCAAUUACAGCUUUUAUUUAUGGGAGAAGAAAAGCCCGGACAAGAACCGUCCAUGGAAGUUUUCUUCAGUUAGAGUUCUGGUUGUGGACGAAGGGAGUUUGGUAUCCGUCAGAAUCUUCAAGUCAGUUCUAAAGUUAUUGUGUGAGCACUCCAAACUUUCUAAGCUUAUUGUCCUUGGUGAUAUUAGACAGUUGCCCAGCAUCGAACCUGGUAACUUGCUGACAGAUCUUUUUGAGACUCUUAAGUCAAGAAAUUGUGCUAUUGAACUAAAGAAAAACCAUAGAGCAGAAUCUGAGCUAAUUGUGAACAAUGCCACAAGAAUCUCAAGACGCCAAUUUCCAAUAUUUGAUGCAGAGCUGAAUAUCUCUGAUAAUCCAACAUUCCCUGUGUCAAUACAAGAUAAAACAUUUAUUUUUAUCAGACUCCCAGAAGAGGAUGCCAGCUCUCAAUUAUCGAAAAAUGAUCCUCACUCUUAUUUAUAUUCUGCAGUUAGAACCCUACUCAAAGAAAAUGACCUACAAGAUGCACAAACAUCACAAUUUAUUGCAUUUAGAAGGCAAGACUGUGACGUCAUCAACGCCUGCUGUUGCAAGCACUACACGGGCCACCUAAUCAAAGACCAUCGGAAUAGGCUUCAGUUUGGAGUUGGUGAUAAAAUUUGUUGUACCAGGAAUGCAUAUCUCUCGGAGUUACUCCCUGGAACUGCCUCUCCCAGUCAGGAAAGUAAUGAACGCGAGGCCAGUGGUGACGAUUUCAAUGGUACUCCUCAUGGUUUUGCUAAAAAUAAGCAUGACUUUGAAAGUGAUAUUCGACUCUGCAAUGGAGAAAUAUUUUUUAUAACAAAGGAUGUCACUGAUGUAACUUUUGGAAAGAGAAGAUCUUUGACUAUUAAUAAUGCAGCUGGUUUGGAAAUAACUGUGGACUUCGAAAAACUAAUGAAAUAUUGUCACAUAAAACAUGCAUGGGCAAGAACUAUCCACACUUUUCAGGGGUCCGAGGAGAAGACGGUCGUGUAUGUGGUUGGGAAGGCGGGCCGCCAGCACUGGCAGCACGUUUACACUGCGGUGACCAGGGGCCGCUGCCGAGUGUACGUCAUUGCAGAAGAGUCUCACCUCCGGGGUGCAAUUAUGAGAAGCAGCGCUCCCAGAAAAACUCGCUUAAAACAUUUUUUGCAAAAUGAGCUCUCCAGGAGUUGUGCGCCUCCAGCAGAUGUCGCCUCCCCGUCGCGGAGCUCUGGAGAGUGCAGAGGACCGAGCACACAGCCCUCAGGGUCCCCGUUCCCUCCAGUCACAACCAGCAAUGUGACCACCGAUAUCCCCGGAAAGGGAAGCGAGGCCUCUGCGGCUGAGGACCAGACAUUUGCCUAUCCUGGAGAAUGGACAACAGCUUUCUCCGUUCAAGUCGACCCAGAGGAAGAUCUAGCAGAACUUCGCGGGUCCAAAAGAGCCUGUGGCCUGAGUGAUGCUGAAAGUCCAAGCAAAAUGCGGAUGGUGGAAGAAUCCUCUCCGCAUGUGUCUUCCAGACUACAGAAUUUGAGACUAAAUCGUUUAACCCCCAAGCAACUUUUCUUACCCACAAAUAAUCAAGAAACUUAAUUUUGUUUCAGAUGGCUCAAAGUAAUUCUCUGUCUUUUUUCCUACUCCACACGAAAUGAACAUCAUACCUUCAAACUCUCAAGAAACAAAACAGGAUGUCUGUAACUGGAGUUUUAUUUUAAGGUGUUUGUGUUAGCAGAUAUUUUAAAUUCACUGGAUCCGAGAAAACCAUAAUGAUUUCAACAUCGGUCAUCAUGAGAAUUGGUAGCCCUGGACAUAAAUGCAGGCAAAAUUUGUUGUCUUUUUUGGUUUUUUAAAAGACUUUACUCAGUAAGUUUUAUUUUUAUAAUAAUGCCUUUAUUGACUUCCGUGAUCAUUGUGGGUGAUUGCGACCAGCGGUUUGAAGCCAUGGUCGAGAGAAACCAUAAUUACACCUCCUGUGUUUUUGACACACAUUUCAGGAUGUUGGGUCUCCCGCUGGUUGUUCAACUUGCAACGUGGCUGCUCGCUCCGUCCCUGCUAGCCAGACCCACUUCACGCGGGACUGUUUUCCUGGAAAUUGCCUUCCGAGUUGGGAGUACUUCUUUUUCCUUAAUUGGAGAUAUAAUUGACAUAUACCACUGUGUAAGUUGAAGGUGCACACCGUGUUGAUUUAUUUAUGUAGUCCGCAUGAUUACUGCUGUCACAUUACCUAACACCAUCAUGUCACAUGAUUGUCAUUUCUUCUAGGAAUACGUUGUUUUGAAAACAUACCACUUGGGAAAAUUAUUCUCUCUCAGAGUGACUUUUAUUAUUAUUUAGAGUGUUAUUUAUUGCUAAAUGGUAAAAGAAAAAGUUAAGAAAAAAAUUUACCUGUGAUUCCAAUAUUUGAAAAAUAGCCUCAGUGGGAUAUAAUUUACACACAGUUCACCCAUUUAAAGUGUACAACUCCACGGCUUUUAGUAUAUUCACAGAGUUGUGCUAGUACCACCACAAUGGGUUUUGGAACAUUUUGAUCACCCUCCCCGCUCCCCCCAAGAAACCCUGUACCUCUUGGCUCUGAUCCCCUCAACCCCUCCAGCUGUAGGCAACUGCUAAUUUGUUUUGUCCCUACUCAUUUGCCUGUUCCAGACAUUUCGUAACAAUGAGAUCAUACAAUACGUGGUCCUUUGUGACUGACUUCUUUAACUUAGCAGAAUGAUUUCGGACUUUCUGUUGUGGUAUUUGUGCUCUACUUCUCUCUCUCUCUCAUUAUUAUUUUUUACUAUGUUAGUCACCAUACAGUACGUCACUAGUUUUUGAUGCAGUGUUUCCAGGUUCAUUGUUGACCUGUAACACCCAGUGCUCCAUGCAGUACAUGCCCUCCUUAAUUACCAGGCCAAACCAUCUCCCCUCCCCCGGCAAAACCCUGUUUGUCUCUUAGAGUCCACAGUCUCUCAUGGUUCGUCCCCCGCUCGGGUCCCCCCCCCCUUUUGUUUUUCCUUUCCUUCUCAUGUCCUCCAUGCUAUUCCUUAUUCUCUACAAGUAAGUGGAACCAUAUGAUAAUUGACUCUCUCUGCUUGACUUAUAUCACUCAGCAUAACCUCCUCCAGUCCCAUCCAUGUUGAUGCAAAAGUUGGGUAUUCAUCCUUUCUGAUGGCUAAUAUUCCACUGUGUAUAUGGACCACAUCUUUAUCCAUUUGUCUGUUGAAAGGCAUCUUGGCUCUUUCCACAGUUUGGCUAUUAUGGACUUUUUAAAGAUUACAAAAUAUUAUAUAGAAAGAGCCAGCAUUGUUCCUUUUAUUGGGUAGAGGUCUUGGAGUGUCCAAGCAAGGAAGCUCACUCAGUCAAACCUGAUGAAGCCUGUAUUCUUUGCGGACUGAUGGGGAAACUGGCAGUGUCUAUAGAGGCUGUAUUUCUGGAUGAGACCAUGUGGGUUUGAGCUGAUGGGGCAGAAAUCAGGAACUCUGGCCGAAUUCUUGCAGGUAGCCCCAGCAUAACUGCCGCUGAUCUAUCUUGCUGUCAUUAUUACCAUGAGGCAAAAGACCUUCCUCUCCUUUUAUUGCCAAAUACUACGCUAUUGUGUGGAUGUAGCACAUUGAACUUGUCUGUUCAUCAGUUGAAAGACAUUUGGGUUGUUUCCACUUUUUGGCUAUUAUAAAAUGCUACUAUGAAAUCCGUGUACAAGUACAAGUUUUUCUGUGGACGUGUAUUUUCAUUUCUUUUAAUUAUAUACCUAGGAGUGGAAUUGUUUGGUCAUAUGGUAACUCUGUUUCACCUUUUGAGGAGCUGCCAGAUUGUUUUCCAAAGCAGCUGCACCAUUUUGUAUUUUAUUUUCACAUUUCUUCACAUUCUCUCUAACACCUAUUAUUAUCUGACUUUUUGAUUAUAGCCAUUCAGUGGUUGUGAAGAGAUACUUCAAUGUGUGUUUUUUUUUUUAAGAUUUUAUUUUAUUUUUUUUUUAAAGUAAUCUCUGUAUGCACUGUGGGGCUUGAACUCUCAACUCAAGAGUCACGAUCUACUGACUGAGUGAGCCAGCCAGGCAGCCUUCCCACAAUCUGGUUUUGACUUGCAUUUCCCUUAUGGCUAAUGAUGUUAAUGAUCUUUUCAUGUCCUUAUUGGUCAUUUGUAGGACCUCUUUGGAGAAAUGUCUAUUCAAAUCUUUGACUCAUUUUUAAAUUGGGUUAUUUUUCUUUUUAUCAAGAUACAUGUUCUUUAUAUAUUCUAUAUACAAGGUCCCUUAUUAGAAAUGUUAUUUGCAAAAAAAAAAAAAAAAAAAAUUCCUAUUCUGUGGAUUUUACUUUCACUUUUAUUGAUGGUGUCCUUUGAUGCAGAUUUUUCAGUUCUGAUUAUGUCCAGUGUAUCUCAUUUUUGUUGUUGUUGUUUAUGCUUUGGUGUUAUAUCCAAGGAACUUCUGCCAAUCCAAAGUCAUGAAAGUUUACUCCUGUUUUCCUUCUAAGAAUUUAAAUAGUUUUAGGUUUUACAUUUAGCACUUGGAUUCAUUUUGAGUUAAUUUUUGUGUAUGGUGAAGUAACAGUCCAGCUUCGUUCUUUUGCACGUGGAUAUCCAGUUUUUCUAGCUCCAUUUCUUGAAGAAACUAUUCCUUCCUCAUUCACUUGUCUUGACACCCUUAUCAAAAAUCAAUUGAUCAUAAAUGUGAAGGCUUUUUUCUGGAUUCUGAGUUCCUGAGCCUAUUCCAUUAAUGUAUACAUCUAUUGUUAUGCCAGCACCAUGCCCUUUGUUAGCUUUGUUUUGAGAUCAAGAAAAAUGAGCCCUCCAAUUUGUUCUUUUAAGGAUUUGGGACUAUUCUGAGUCCCCUGUACUUCCAUAUGAAUUUUAGGAUCAGUUUGUCAGUUUCUACAAAACAUUCAAUUGGGAUUUUGAGGGGUGAUUGUAUUGAAUCUAUAGAUCUGGGGAGAAUUGCCAUCUUAAUAUUAAGUCUUCUGAACCAUGAACAUGGGUUGUCUAUGUCUCCUCUUAUUUUUUCAACAUUUUGUUUUGCAUUUUAUUUUUAUUUUUUUUAAUUUUUAAAAAAGAUUUUAUUUAUUUAUUUGAGACAGAGCAUGUGCGCACAAGUGGGGAGGAGGAUCAGAGGGAGAGGGUGAGGCAGAUUCCCCAUAGAGUAGAGAGCCUGAUAUGGGGGUCGAUCCUGCGACGCUGAGAUCAUGACCCAAACUGAAGGCAGACAUCUAACCAACUGAGCCACCCAGGUGCCCCUGUUUUGCAUUUCUUAAACUUAUUCCUGGAUAUUUUAUUUUUGAUCCUAAUGUCAGUGGAAUUUUUUUUUUUCUUAUUUUUGGUCUGUUAAUUGCUACUGUAUAGAAAUACGAUUGAUCAUGUAUCUUUCAAUCUUGCUAAACUCAUUUAUUAGUUUUAAGAGGUUUUUAGUUAAUUCCUUGGGAUUUUCUAUACAUAAGGUUAUAUUAUCUGCAGAUGGAGAUAGUUUUACUUCUUUCGAAUCUGGAUACCUUUUAUUUAAUUUUCUUGUCUUAAGGCUCUGGCUAGAACCUGCAAUAAAUUGUUAAAUAGAAGUGGUGAGAAUCCUUGGAUGGUGGUGAACAUCCUUGCCUUUUUCCUGUCAAUUUACAAGGCCUGCAAGAUAGUUUGCAAAAAUGAAAAUGUUGGGACUACAGUGUAGAUUUCUUUUUAAAGAUGGCAUACAUUAAAAUUUGUAUAUUUCAAUAGUUAAUGUAAAUGUAUUUCAUAGAAUAUAUAUAAUGUUCUCUGAGGGCAGGUGCUAUUAUGAUCCUUGAAUUAAAACCUGCCUUUGUUACCUAAAAUAAAUGUAUCAUUAGUCUGGGAGGGUCUCUGUCUGCAGGCUGUUUUAGGACUUAGACAUAUAUUUUACAUCUUGUCCUUACAGCAGUCGUGGGGUGCAGAUAUGACCUUCAAUACCAUGGGUGGGGAAACUGACUCACAGAAACUAAAUUUUAUGAGUGAGUACCAGAGCUGGAAUUCAAACUGAGAUCUGAUUUUAAAAGCCAUGCUCUUCCCAUUCUUCCAUGCUGCUUUUCAAAUUGAUGGCAAAACCUUUCCUCUUUAGAAAAUUCUGUACAGUAAGCAUCGUGUAGGGCUCAUCUAGAAUACCAAAAUAUAAUCAAAGUAUUCCAAAAAACCAUGUCAUAAUUUUGACUUUUUAAAAUCACUGUUUAUUCCAUUUGGUAGAGUAUUUUUUUCCAUACAAAUAUUUGCAACAAUUUUGAAUUCCCCAAAACCAUACAUAGACGAUAAAUACCAUGCUAUUAAAGUAUUAAAUUUGUACAAAAAUACUUUACAGCUUAAUACUUGUUUGUUACAAAUAAAAAUACAUAUUUAAGUGA